AGUGGUAGUAGUAGUAGUAGUAGUAGUAGUAGUAGUAGUAGUAGUAGUAGUAGUAGUAGUAGUAGUGGUGGUAGUAGUAGUAGUAGUGGUAGUAGUAGUAGUAGUGGUAGUAGUAGUAGUAGUAGUAGUAGUAGUAGUAGUAGUGGUAGUAGUAGUAGUAGUGGUAGUAGUAGUAGUGGUGGUAGUAGUAGUAGUAGUAGUAGUGGUAGUAGUAGUAGUAUUGGUAGUAGUAGUAGUGGUAGUAGUGGUAGUAGUAGUAGUAGUAGUAGUAGUAGUAGUAGUAGUAGUAGUGGUAGUAGUAGUAGUAGUAGUAGUAGUAGUAGUAGUAGUAGUAGUAGUAGUAGUAGUAGUAGUAGUGGUGGUAGUGGUAGUAGUAGUGGUGGUAGUAGUAGUAGUAGUAGUAGUAGUGGUAGUAGUGGUAGUAGUAGUAGUAGUAGUAGUAGUAGUGGUAGUAGUAGUAGUGGUAGUAGUAGUAGUAGUAGUAGUAGUAGUAGUAGUAGUAGUAGUAGUAGUAGUGGUAGUAGUAGUAUAGUUAGUAGUAGUAGUAGUAGUAGUAGUAGUAGUAGUAGUAGUAGUAGUAGUAGUAGUAGUAGUAGUAGUAGUAGUAGUAGUAGUAGUAGUAGUAGUAGUAGUAGUAGUAGUAGUAGUAGUAGUAGUAGUAGUAGUAGUAGUAGUAGUAGUAGUAGUAGUAGUAAUAGUAGUGGUAGUAGUAGUGGUAGUAGUAGUAGUAGUAGUGUAUGUAGUAGUAGUAGUAGUAGUAGUGGUAGUAGUAGUAGUAGUAGUAGUAGUAGUAGUAGUAGUAGUAGUAGUAGUAGUGGUAGUAGUAGUAGUAGUAGUAGUAGUAGUAGUAGUAGUAGUAGUAGUAGUAGUAGUAGUAGUAGUAGUAGUAGUAGUAGUAGU